AUGAAGUAGAAUACGAUAGUCUAAAUUGAUAAAAGUCCUAAUGACGAUAGAUAAUAUUUAGGUUUUGAACUUCAAAAUGGUAUUAAAGUUAUGGUAAUAAGUGAUAGUCAUGCAGAAAAAUCAGCUGCUUCACUUGAUGUUUAAGUUGGUUAAUUACAAGAUCCAGAAGAAUAUUAAGGAUUAGCACAUUUUUGUGAACACAUGCUUUUUAUGGGCACAGCAAAAUAUCCUUUAUAAAACGAAUAUAGCUAAUAUUUAAGCUAAAAUGGAGGAAGUGACAACGCCUAUACUGAUAUAUUGAAUACCAAUUACUACUUUGAUGUUAAAUCAGAUGCAUUUGAAGAAGCUUUAGAUAGAUUUAGCUAGUUUUUUAUCAGUCCUCUAUUCGAUGAGACUUGUGUAGAAAAAGAGAUUAAUGCAAUUGAAAAUGAACACUAAAUGAAUGUUAGUGAAGAUUCCAGUCGUUUAUGGGGAAUAUUUAAAGCUCUAGCAAAGGAAGGAACAAAAUUUCGUUAAUAUGGAGGAGGAUGCUUACAAACUCUUCAAAAAGAAAAUAUUAGAGAAGAACUGCUUAAAUUUUAUGAAAAAUACUAUAGCGCUCAUAAAAUGAAUUUAGUAAUAUAUGGUCAGGAAUCAAUAGAAGUACUAAAAAAUCUGGCAAUAAAAUAUUUUUCUACAAUACAAAACAAAGAAAAAGAAUAAAUUAGUGAUGAACAGAUGAAAGAAAUGGAGUUAGAGAAAAUUCACCCAUUCCCUAGAGAGUAGCUUUGCAAAUUAGUUAAAAUCAUUCCCAUAAAAGAUGAAGAUAUUAUUGAGUUCUGUUGGGUAGUUGAGGAUUAAUAAUAGUACUGUAAUAUAAAGCCAGAUGAUUAUUUAACGCAUAUUUUUGGCCACGAAGGAAAAAAUUCUUUGCUUUCUUUACUUCUUGAUGAAGGAUUAGCAGUAGAAUUGACUUCUUAUUCAGAAAAUUGCAUGAAUUUAUUUACUAUAAUUGGCUUUAAUAUCACAUUAACUCAAAGAGGAUUCUUUGAAUAUAAAAGGGUCUGUCAUGCUGUUUUUAAUUAUAUAUAAGUCCUUAAAAAAGAAGUUGCCAACAAAGAAGCAUAUGAAGAGGUAAAAGAUAUUGAGGCUAUAAAUUUUCGCUUUUUAGAGAGAAUAGCAAUAAGUGAAUAUGUAACUAAAAUUGCAGAUGGACUUCAUUGGAUCCCUAUGACCAAAAUCUUAAAAAUGAGAUAUGAUUUCUAAAAGUACGAUGAAAUUAUAAUAUAAAAGCUAAUAGAUUCUCUAACUUUAGAUAAUAUCAUAAUUUAUUUAAGCUCAAAGAGUUUUGAUUCACAGUUUUCUAAAUCCUUUAACACCUCUCAAUAAGAUUUAGACACUGUCAUUGAUUCUAGCCAGGUGCUAACAAAAAAAGCUUAAGAGUUAAUAGAAACUCACUGCCAUAAUCAUUCAAUAACACAUCCACAUGGUUCAGCUGCUGCUUAAAAAGUUAAAAAAGAUAAAGAAUUAACUUAAGAAGACUAAGCUUCUAGUUAUGAUACAGAUCAAAAUUAAUUGGAUUCUCAUGGAGGAGAAUCUCCAAAACUUAAAAGCCCAUAAAUAUCAGCAAGAAAAUAUAGUAAGUCUGUUGCUAAAAAAUCUUAUACAAUUGAAGAAGAGUUUGAAGAUUUUGACGAUGAAAAUCAUAUUUAUAGUAUGCUAAACAGAAAAUUUAGCUAUUUAUCAUAAAAAUCUGAAACAAAUGAUGGAGAUGAGGAAUACUAAGAUAAUCGUAGCGAUGAAAAUUUUAAUUAUGCUAAUGCAAAAUAGAAUAACAGCAAGAGUGACGAUGAUUCAUUCAUAACUGAAAAAUAUUUAGGAGCUAGAUAUCUUGUAAGUGAAAUUCCUGAAGAUAUUAAAUCUUCUUAUAAUACAGAAUAUAAGCCUCUUUAUAGCAAAAAAAAACUUGGUUUACCUGUUAAAAAUUUAUUCAUUCCUAAAAAUUUUGAUAUACUUCCUAAGACAGAUGAUACAAGUAGUGCCAGUAAGUACCCAAUAAAGAUUUUUGAAAGUGAAAUGAGCGAACUUUAUUAUAAAUAAGACGAUACGUUCUUUAUCUGCAAAACUUAUUGUGACUUAUUUAUCUUUACGAAUGAUUGCAAUCAAUCUAAAACAGCUAAAUCAUUUGUAUUGCAAGAAAUUUGGUUAAUACUUUUUGAAAACUAUGUUAAUGAAACUAAAUAUUUAGCUCAAAUGGCUAAUAUAGAUUUAAAAUUUGAGUAGCACUACACUUCUUUUAAAGUAAGAAUAAAAGGAUAUAGUGAUAAAAUCGGUGUCUUGUUUGAAGAGUUUUUAAAGCUCUUUAAGUCAUUUAAUCCAGCUGAUGAAGGUUAAAGAUUAUUUUCAACUUUUUAUGAAAGAUAAAUGUCUGAUUAUGAUAAUUACUAUCGUGAUGCUCCUCACUCAAUUAUAACUGAUUUGAGUAAGAACUGUCUACUUUCAACAGGAAAAUUUACUAUUAAGUAAAAAAUAAUGGCACUAAAAGAAAUAAGACUUUAUGACAUCGUUGAAUUUCAUAAAUAGUGGUUAUCCCAUACUCGUCUUGAAAGCUUGAUUAUGGGAAAUAUUAGUAAAGAAGAGGCAAUAUCUUGGAUAUAAAAAGCUGAAAACACAAUGAAAACUUUGAGAAACAUUUUUGGAAUACUACAAAAAUCCGACAUACCUUUGAUUAAACCUAACAAAAUUCUUCCAAACACCACAAAUAAACUUGAUUUUCUAAUCAACGAAAAAGAAUUUAAUCCUGAAGAAACCAACUCAUGCUUAUAAUCACACUACUAAAGAGGUCCAGAAUCAGUAGAAUCUCGUGUUAUGAUGAAGCUUAUAUAAAAUUAUUUAAGUGAACCUCUCUUUAAUUAAUUGCGUACUAAUGAAAAACUAGGUUAUAUAGUCUGGUGCUGGGAUGAGACAUUUAGAGGAGUGAGUGGAUUUUCAUUCUUAGUUCAAUCCUCCGUUUGCUCACCUAUGCAUAUCUAAAAUAGACUUGAAGAGUUUUUAGUAAAUAUGAGAAAAGAAUUAAGAUAACUUUCCCAAGAAAAAUUUGAAAAUAUGAAACAUUCCAUUCUAAUCAAACUCACAGAAAAGCCUAAAACCUUACAUAGAGAAUUUCUAUCAAUGUCUGAAGAGAUUUUGUUGCAUAAAUUUGUAUUUGAUAGAAAGGAAAGAAUACCACAUAUUUUAGAAGCAAUCACUAUUAAUGAUCUUAUUAAUGAUUUUGAUAACUUAUUUUUUGAGUAAAAGAAAAAAUUAGAAAUUCACAUAAUAACAAAUGAUCAUAAAGAAGAACAAGAAUAAUUAGAACAAGAACGUCUAAAAUAAGAAGACAUCUUUAUUUUAUAGGAUGACACUCACCUGAAAUAGUUCUGCUAGUAAAUUGAUAGUCUUUAUUAUGAUUAUUCAAGUCCAGUAUAGUUGCAAUUUUGA